UCCCGUGAUGUAUUCGACCACGUGAGUCGUUCCACUUCAAUUUUUACUGUUCAUGGUCGAAGGCCUGGACAGCCAGUCACCAAUGCUUUGGUGGAUGCUUGCUACACUCCAAAGGGUAUGGUGACAGAGCCACUUCGUUUUCCUAACUUAGUGACAGGAUUUGAUCGCAAUCCAGAUCAUGCAGCUCGAACAGCCCUAUAUACUCGUUAUACCCCAUAUGAAUGGACCCAGAAUAUCAUCAGCCAUUUUAAUGAGGCAGACACCAGCAGAAAUUAUUCAGAAAGACACAGAAAUGAUGCUAUGAGAGUAAUAAGAGAAACAGAAGAGAAAACAGCUUCAGGACAGCGAGAAUCAGGACGGCGAUUGGGUGAACGUUUAACUGAUACAACAUUUUGGCGAAAUGAAUUAGCUACAGAAUUAGAACGACUUUUGGGAGAAACAAAUUUAUUGCAAGACAAGAGAAGAGAUCUAGAGAAAGCUAUUCAAGACAUAGAAGGCCCUAUGCAUAUUGCAAAAGAGUGUUUGUAUCAAAGAGAAAACAGAAUAGGAAUUGACUUGGUUCAUGAUCAAGCAGAACAAGCGUUAUUGAAAGAAGUUGACACAUUUCGAAAUUGCCAAGAACGUCUCCGGAGUUUGCAUGAAAGAGCCCUGGCCCAGCUGAGGAACAACCGUGCUGCACAACAUGAUUUGGAAAGAGAUGUUAAAUCAAAAGAAUCAGCUUUAGGCAUUGACAGUGUACAGCAAGAAAUCUUUGACGUAGAGAAAAACAUAGAGCUGCUGCGUAAAGCCAUUCAAGACAAAAGUAAUCCUUUGAAAGUUGCCCAAACACGUCUAGAAACACGAGCUCACAGAAGAGACGUUGAAUUAUGUCGUGACGGACCUCAAGCA